UGGCAAACGAUGUUAUUCCUCUAUAUAUAAUAAUCCCCAAAAAUUAAAUUUAGGGGCAAAAAAAUUCGUAGAGAGGAAAAAAUGGAAAAUGAAUAUGAAGGGGUAGGAAAUGCAUUUGUGAAUCAUUACUAUAAUUUAUUUGAUAAUGAUCGGGCAUCCCUAUUUUCUCUUUAUCAGCCAACAUCUUUGCUUAGUUUCGAAGGGCAAAAGUUUGAAGGGGUAGAAGAAAUUGUUAGUAAGAUUAAUAGUCUACCGUUUGAUCAAUGUCGUCAUUCGAUCAGCACCAUUGAUUCUCAACCCUCGUCUAUUAAUGGGGGUGUUAUUGUCUUUGUAAGUGGUAGCUUGCAGUUGGCUGAGGAGGAGCAUCAGCUUAGAUUUAGCCAGAUGUUCCAUUUGAUUCCAACAACGCAGGGAAGCUACUUCGUGCAAAAUGAUAUAUUCCGACUUAAUUACUGUUGAUUUACUAAUAUGUCUUUCCACAAAUAAACUUUCAUUGUAAUUGCAAACAGCAAAAUCUUUAUCUUUGUUAUAUAAAAGCAAAAAGAAUGUUGUGAUCUUAAAA